AUGGAAGACUCUAUCUUUCUGUGUCAAAUCAAAUAUGCUAAGGGAAUUGUGAAUAAAUUUGGAUUGGAGAAUGCUAGUCACAAAAGAGUUCUUGCACCUAUCCACUUGAAGUUAUCUAAAGAUGAAAAAGGCUUAAGUGUUGACCAGAGCAUAUAUAAAAGCAUGAUUGGAAGCCUUUUAUGCCUUACAGCAAGUAGACCAGAUAUAACUUUUGUUGUUGGUGUGUGUGCUAGAUAUCAAGUUGAACCCAAAGUAAGUCACAUCAAUCAAGUAAAGACGAUUCUAAAGUAUGUGAAUGGCACAAGUGAGUAUGGAAUUUUGUACUCCCAUGAUUCAAAUUCUAUGUUAGUUGGAUAUUGUGGUGCUGAUUGGGAUGGUAGUGUUGAUGAUAGGAAAAAAAAUAGUGCAACUGAUAAGGAACUUAGGAAGUUUGUUGCAUCUGUUUUAAAGGAAGUAAACUCUGAUGUUUUGCCAGAUGUUCAAAAAUCUUUGGCAAAAGAUCCAAGCCCUGCUAAUGACUCAAGUGAAAAAGUUUAG